ACAACACCACUUACCACUCAACUAUCAAAAUGAGUCCAUUCCAGGCCCUCUAUGGCCGGCCACCACCUUCAGUGUCCAAGUACAUCCCUGGCACUACCAACGUGCAUGCUGUCGACACCACCCAGAUUGGUGAUUGGGUUUUCCUAAAAAUACACCCAUAUCGACAGAAGUCACUUGCCAAGCACACGGUGCACAAGUUGUCUCCCCGAUAUUUCGGCCCAUUCGAGAUCACGGCAAAGGUGGGAGCUGUUGCUUACUGUCUCAAUCUACCACCACAUUCCAAGAUCCACCCAGUUUUUCAUGUCUCACUGCUCAAGAAGAGAGUAGGAGAUGGGGUUCCGAUUUCAUCUACCUUGCCUCCAUUCAAUGAUAAGGGUGAAAUUCUGUGGAAGCCAAGCAAAGUUUUGGAUAUGGGCGUGCGAACCAAAAAGGGGCGUAAGAUCACAACUUGGUUGAUACAGUGGGAUGGGAUGCCGGAGACCGAUGCCACCUGGGAAGACGCAACCACCAUUGUAGCGAGAUACCCAGAGUUCCUGAGGACAGGCACUCACUGAGGGUGGGGCUUGUUGAGGACACCCCAACAAUCU